UCUUAUUCUGGCAAGCUUUCAUCAUCACUGAACCUCAACUGUAGUGGCUUUGUGUGGAAGGUACAGUAAGGUCUACGAGUACGACUACGAGACUCUACUAUCAAUGAGCCCAAUGACGACACGCUGCAGCGCCAGCAAAUACGACUAGACCAGGAUGGUGGACAGGUCAAGUUUUUUCCAGAUGUACUCCGUUCUCGAGCGUACCUUAAGUAGGUACCUAAGGAUAAUUGUUGCAAGGAAUUGUUUGCCGGGCCCGUUUUUGUCUCUGCUUAGGCGGUGUAUGGGUAGCCAACUGGGGCAUAUCGGGGCCGGCUAGGCCGGAGCUGGCUCAAAGUCCUCAACUAAAAAUUCACACCGCUCACUACCGAACACCACCCGCAAACUAGGCCCAUUAGCCAUCACUUCUAGGCUCGCUAGGCGUUAUCAACCCCUCCAGCCUCUGGGAGAAUCAACUGCACGAUGAUGGAACAUGUGUUAUCAUCAUGGAUAUCUUGGUGAGUGGAAUGCAGGAACCGCCACUGAUGCCACUUGCCCGGGUUUUGCAUCUCCCAGACUCCCUGUGGCCCUCCUGCGCUUGUUACCGGCCGCGGCGUUGCUUUUUCUGGUAUUGAUGUUCACUAAUUGACCUUCUCGAGUCGGUUCAUCUACAGUCAUCUCAUAAUUCCCAAGAACACCUGCACCUCACUAGGCAGGCCGCCACUUGUGUAUUUCUUGCAUUACCUUCGUCGUGCUUCUGUUAUUUGCAUUCUUCCCCUAGAGCGUUGCUACUGUUUCGCGCUGCGCUCGACAGCGCUCCUACGAGAGCGAGCGUUCGGAUUCCGUUACCACACUUAUCUCGAUAUUUGUAUCUUCUGAUCCCUUUCAAAUGCCUCCAAAGACUCAUCAGAGCUCCCGCCAGGUCUACCUGCUACCUCUGGAUGAUUCAGGAGCUCCAGAUGUUCCGAACCAAUAUGUUUACCUGCCUGCACCCACCGAGCCGGGGUACCGCCUGAGAUUUUCUAUCGAGGGUACAAGCUCAAUAUGCCGUCAGGGAAGUCUCUGGGUCAACAUCCCCAAGCCUGGGGAGCGAUUCGACCGGAAUCGUUUCCAAGAAUACAAGUUGCACCCUGACUUCAAUCGAACACUCGAGAUUGACAUACCGAUCACCUGCGCCGGUGCGUUCAGCUUCUAUACCACCUAUACUCCUCUCCCGGAGUUUUCACUCGAGCCUACGAAACCGCCCCAACCUACGCGGACCGAAACCUACUGGAUCGACAUCGAGCCGGAUCUGAGGCUGGCUGGCUCACGGCUGCCCUUGGAUGCUCUGGGAAUAUUCUCCGUAGUGUCCAAAUUCAUGGGCAACUACCCUGGGGAUUGGAACAAACACCUGAAAGGCAUCAGUGGCAGAGGCUACAAUAUGGUGCAUUUCACACCUUUGCAAGAAAGAGGCGAAUCAAACUCUCCUUACAGCAUUUAUGAUCAGUUGGCGUUCGACAAAGAGGUCUUCCCUGGCGGAGAGCCAGAUGCAGCUCGCAUGAUAAAGUCAAUGGAAGAAGAACACGAAUUGCUUGGACUUACUGAUGUGGUCUUCAAUCAUACUGCCAAUAAUAGCAAAUGGCUGGAAGAGCACCCGGAGGCAGGCUACAAUGUCGAAACGGCGCCAUGGCUCGAGUCGGCCCUUUGUCUAGACGAUGCUCUGCUCGAGUAUAGUGAUGAGCUUGCAGAUCUUGGCAUGCCGACCAAUUUUAGCAGCGUCGAAGACCUGGACCACGUCGUUGCCGGCAUCCAACCCCAUGUUAUCGACAAGAUACGUCUGUGGGAAUACUUUGCAUGCGAUGUCAAAUCGGACACACAGGCUAUACUCGAAGCUUGGAAAAAUGGCAAAACCAGAAUACCUCGCGGAGGCUUCGCCGACGGUAUUGGUGGUGGGCUCGACUCCCUCAAGUCAUGGUCGCUUUACCAGAAGGCAGCCUUUCUCAAAGACCAUGGUUUGCUAAACGGUCUGCGUAUCGACGGCAGAUAUUCCCGCAAGGUUGAUCCUGCCAUUGGCUCAGCUAUGCUGACGGCUUUGCACGGCCGCUACAGCGAAGGAUCGGACAUCGCAUCUGCUGAAGAAGAAAUGAAAGCUAUUCUUAACGAGCUUAAUCUCCCUUUCUAUCGCGAAUAUGAUGCCGAUGUCGCUGUCAUCAAGGAUCAGGUCAAAGGCCGACUUCAAUAUACCCGACUCGAUCCCAAUGGUCCCAGGUUGGGCCCGGUCACCAAGGAAACCCCUUUGAUUGAGACAUAUUUUGCUCGCCUGCCGCUGAAUGAAACAACCAAGAAACAUAAGCCUGAAGUAUUGUCACUGGCUGUCAAUGGAUGGAUAUGGGCUGCAGAUGCUAUGAAAGACAAUGCCGGUCCUGACUGGAGGCCUUACCUUCGCAGAGAACUCAUUCCUUGGAGUGAUUGUGUCAAGUUGAGGUACGGCAAAGGCCCUGAAGACAAUCCUUUCUUGUGGGAGCACAUGACCAAAUACGUACAGUUGAUGGCAAAAUACUUCACUGCCUUCAGGAUUGACAAUUGUCACUCAACUCCAAUCCACGUGGCUGAAUAUUUGCUUGAUCGGGCUCGAGAAAUCCAGCCUAACCUGGCAGUAUUUGCAGAACUGUUCACUGGCAACGAACAAAUGGACUAUCUGUUUGUCAAACGCCUUGGUUUGAGUGCUUUGAUCCGUGAAGCCAUGCAGGCAUGGAGCACACAGGAAUUGAGCAGGAUUGUCCACCGUCAUUGUGGUCGGCCAAUUGGCAGUUUCGAGUUGAACGUUCCUCAGCGUUCCAGAAAACCAGUUAAUAACCUGGUCAAUGGUGCCAAUGGCAGUGAACCCAAAACUCAAGAGGUUGUUAUGCACAUUCGCGAGAGCCCAGUGCAUGCUUUGUUCAUGGAUUGCACCCACGACAACGAAAUGCCUGCACAGAAGAGAGAUGCCAGAGAUACUCUGCCUACGGCUGCUCUUGUAAACAUGUGUGCUUGUGCCACCGGCAGUGUCAUGGGUUUCGACGAAAUCUAUCCGAAGCUUGUCGAGAUUGUCCAUGAGAAGCGAACGUACACCUCUAUCAGCUCUGAAGGCGAGGUCCAGGUUGGCCCUGGUGAGGGGGGCAUCGCAGGUGUCAAAAAGCUACUAAAUCAAAUCCACACCAUGAUGGGCAAAGAUGGCUACGAUGAGACCUUCUUGCAUCAUGAGGGUGAGAUAAUCACCCUCCAUCGUGUUCAUCCAGACUCUCGCAAGGGGUACUUCCUCAUUGCCCAUACCGCGUUUCCUGGCUCUGGAAAUGGAAACGGGGGCUUGAGCCCUGUCCACCUCGCCGGCACCAAAGCACGACAACUUGGUUCUUGGGUACUAGAGGUUGAUCAGGGCGAGGCUGCAAAGAAAGCUGCAUUGGAAGACGAACGUGAGCUUGUAGGACUUCCGUCCAGAGUCAGAAAGAUCAAAGGUGCCACCACCGAGCAUGAAAACGGCGAUACCAUGAUUCGGAUAGAUGAUUUCUUCCCCCCUGGAUCCAUCUGCCUUUUUGAGACAUGGGUCCCAUCUGCAGAGCACUCGCUUGGUCUGAACAGGUUUUUCGCCAGCGGAACUGAGGAGGCUUUUGGAGAGCUUGACUUGAUUGAUCUCAAUUUCGUUUUGUAUCGAUGCGAUGCAGAAGAGCGUGACUCCAGUAAUGGACAAGACGGAGUUUACAACAUUCCCGGUUAUGGACCACUUGUGUAUGCCGGCCUGCAAGGCUGGUGGAGUGUAGUCGAGCCUAUCGUCAGGAAGAACGACCUUGGCCAUCCUCUAUGCAAUCAUUUGCGUCAAGGUCAGUGGGCAUUAGAUUUCAUCGUUGGCAGAAUGGAAAGGAUAUCCAAACAGGAAGGCUAUUCUCGACUGCACAAGCCUGCAAAAUGGUUGAGAGAGCGAUUCGAUGCAUGCCGAGAGAUUCCGAGUUACCUGUUGCCGCGUUAUUUCGCAAUGCUCAUCCAAAUCGCCUACGACGCCGCAUUCAAGAGAGGUGUUGAGUUGAUGAGCCCUAAUAUCCGGCGAGGUCAAGACUUUCUUCAAAGUCUAGCCAUGGUCAGCGUUCAACAAACAGGCUAUGUCAAGUCUGCAUCACUUUGGCCAACUACAAGUGUUCCUUCUCUUGCCGCGGGCCUACCUCACUUUUCAGUCUCAUGGGCAAGAUGUUGGGGUCGGGAUGUUUUCAUCUCUCUACGAGGCUUGUACCUGUGUACUGGCCGGUUUGAAGAGGCCAAAGAGCACAUCAAAGCCUUCGGAAGUGUUUUGAAGCACGGUCUCAUACCGAAUCUGUUGAGCAGCGGAGCUGCACCCAGAUAUAACUCACGGGACUCGCCGUGGUUUUUCCUUCAGAACAUUCAAGACUAUACCAAGCUUGCUCCUGACGGACUUUCGAUCCUUCACGAGAAGAUUCCUCGACGAUUUCUUCCAUAUGAUGAUACGUGGUUUGCCCACGACGAUCCCCGAGCGUUUUCGAAAGAAUCAACGGUGGAAGAUAUCAUUCAGGAAAUCUUCCAACGUCACGCUUUUGGAUUAUCUUUCCGCGAACACAACGCAGGACCGAAUUUGGAUAUGCAGAUGAAGCCGGAGGGUUUCCAGAUUGACGUGCACGUCGACUGGAAAACAGGCAUCAUUUUUGGAGGCAGCCAAUUCAAUUGCGGUACUUGGAUGGAUAAGAUGGGUGAGAGCGAACGAGCGGGCAGCAAGGGAGUUCCUGGCACUCCACGUGAUGGUGCUGCUGUCGAGAUCACAGGUCUUUCGUACAGUGCGCUGAAAUGGGUAGCCGAGCUUCACAAAGCCGGGAAAUACCAAUACUCUGGUGUCGAGACCGACUCAGGCGAGAGAAUUAGUUUUCAAGAUUGGGCGGAUCGCAUCAAAGCCAACUUCGAAAAGUGUUAUUGGGUUCCAGUCGAUCCCAAGGACGACGUUGAAGAGGACCUUGAUCCCAAGAUUAUCAAUCGUCGAGGUAUCUACAAAGAUUUGUACCGAUCGGGCAAGGAGUAUGAAGACUAUCAAUUCCGACCCAACUUCACCAUUGCAAUGGUUGUGGCUCCAGACCUGUUCACCCAGGAGAAGGCUUUACGGGCAUUGAAGAUGUGUGAUGAUGUCCUUCGGGGUCCGACGGGCAUGCGAACACUUGAUCCCUCGGAUCUGGAUUACCGGCCUUACUACAACAAUUCGGAGGAUUCUGCCGAUUUCGCGACAUCAAAAGGCCGGAACUAUCAUCAAGGACCAGAAUGGUUGUGGCCGACAGGAUUUUUCUUGCGAGCAUUGUUGACGUUCGACCUGAAACGUAGGCAUACAGCAGAGGAGCGAAUGGAGUCGUUCCAGCAGGUGACCCAACGGAUGGCUGGGUGCAAACAGGCCAUCAAGGACAGCCCGUGGAAGGGAUUAACUGAAUUGACCAACAAAGACGGGUCUUUUUGCGGCGAUUCGGUAAGUUCGAACGUUCUGAACAUGCGAUGUACUUGACUGACAUUCUCCCCUAGUCGCCUACCCAAGCAUGGUCUGCUGGAUGCCUGUGUGACUUGUUCCAAGAUGCAUCAGUGUUGGCACCCGAGGUGAAUGGCUCAUGAAGACGGUGGGCAUGACAAGAUGGAGUGGUACUAAAAAGAGUCGACGGAGUAAAUAACGCAAUGCCCAUGACAUGACGCAAAAUAACAGAAGAGAAAUAAUACAAAUACUAGAAAAUGGAUGAUGGUGGGUUUAUAGAGGGAAUUCGAGGUGAUCAUUACCUACAAGAUCACAGAUCAAAGACGAAGACAGUAAAGGCAUGAUGACAUUAUAUAUUACUAUAUUAUAAUACAUUCAUACACG